ACAUGAAAUUGUAUCAGUUCUUACAGCAUUACAAUUGCACGUCAGAACGCAGUAAUUUAAAAAAAACAAUAUCAGUGUAUAAAAGCGAAGAGGACUUACAUUUUUUUUCAUAACUUAUAACUUUGUUGACAAUGAAAAUACGAGAUAUCUCACUAAUCUACUGCAUUUUUAUUAUUCUACAAAGUGUUUAUGGACUUCACAGAAACUUGAAAUAUUAUGAAACAAUUCAUAGUACUCAUCUUCAACACAAGAUUGUAAAACGAGGUGUUCAGUACAGUUAUCAUCCUUAUAAUAAAAUAAGUGAACUAGAAUUCUCCUCACAUGGACGACACUUUCGGUUAAUUCUAACACCUAAGAGAGAAGUUAUACAUUCCAACUUCAAAGCAUAUGAAGUCAAUGCUGAUGGAAAAGAAAAAACUAUACAUUUAGAUCAUGACAGCUUUUACCAUGGUCGUGUGUUUGGUGAGAUUGAAUCUCAUGCUCAAGUGCAUAUUGACAAUGGUGUUGUGACUGGUAGUAUAACAAUAUCAGAUGAAACUUUUCAUAUUGAACCAUCCUGGAGGCAUCUUCCACAUUUGGAUAACCAAACAAUGAUAGUUUACAAAACUUCCGAUGUUAAACUCAGUUGGGAACAUUACCAAGAUGGAGAAGGACAUACGCAUGGAGUUCCAAAAACCUGUGGUUAUGUUAAAGAAAACUCGGAUCUUUUGGAUGUUCCAGAUGUUCUGCUGAAUGAGGAUGAUUUUGAAGAUGCGGAAGUAGAUAGCUUCAGGGUGAAAAGACAUGCAGAAAAUUAUGAAUAUACACCGACGAAAACAAGAUGCCCACUUUUGCUAGUCGCUGAUUACCGAUUCUUCCAGGAGAUGGGAGCCAGCAAUACAAAAACUACAAUUAAUUACCUGAUAAGUUUAAUUGACAGAGUACACAAGAUUUACAAUGACACCAUGUGGCAAGAACGGCAAGAGCAGGAUGGUUUUAAAGGAAUGGGUUUUGUAAUAAAGAAGAUUGUCGUCCAUAAUGAGCCUACGCGAGUGAGGGGUGGUGAAACACAUUAUAAUAUGGUCCGCGAGAAGUGGGACGUCCGUACGUUACUCGAGGUAUUUAGUCGGGAAUACAGCCAUAAAGAUUUUUGUCUAGCCCAUUUGUUCACUGAUCUCAAGUUCGAAGGUGGUAUUCUUGGGUUAGCCUAUGUAGGGUCUCCCCGUAGAAAUUCAGUAGGUGGUAUCUGUACACCAGAAUACUUUAAGAAUGGAUAUACGUUAUACCUAAACUCUGGGCUGAGUUCCAGCAGAAAUCAUUAUGGGCAAAGAGUUAUUACUAGAGAAGCCGAUUUGGUAACAGCGCAUGAAUUUGGUCACAAUUGGGGUUCCGAACACGAUCCGGACAUUACAGAAUGCAGUCCGAGCGCGAGCCAGGGUGGAUCUUAUUUGAUGUACACCUACAGUGUUAGUGGCUAUGAUGUAAAUAACAAGAGAUUUUCGCCGUGCAGUUUACGAUCUAUCAGGAAGGUGCUGCAAGCAAAAUCUGGACGUUGCUUCUCAGAGCCAGAGGAAUCGUUCUGUGGGAACUUGAGAGUCGAAGGAGACGAGGAAUGCGACGCUGGUCUCCUGGGGACGGAGGAUAACGACGCGUGUUGCGACAAAAACUGCAAACUUCGAAGAAUCCAGAAUGCAGUUUGCAGCGACAAGAAUUCUCCUUGCUGUCAGAAUUGCGCGUUUAUGCCUCCGGGCACAAAAUGUCGCGACGCGCAAUACGCGACCUGCGAGCAAGAGUCACGUUGUACUGGAGUAUCCAGUGAAUGUCCCAAGUCACCAGCUAUGAUGGACGGUACUGGUUGUCUUGAACGGGGUCAAUGCCGCGCGGGCAAAUGCGUACCAUAUUGCGAGACCCAAAGCUUGCAAAGCUGUAUGUGCGACACGAUUGGCGAUGCAUGUAAAAGAUGCUGUAGGAUGAGCUUGAACGAAACGUGCUUCCCAAUAGACCCACAAGAUAUUUUGCCGGAUGGGACACCAUGCAUCCAAGGUUUCUGCAACAAAGGCGUAUGCGAGAAAACGAUUCAGGACGUAGUGGAACGAUUUUGGGACAUCAUCGAGGACAUAAACAUCAACAAAGUCAUGCGUUUUCUGAAGGAUAAUAUAGUGGGAGCUGUGAUAAUUAUUACCGCUAUUAUUUGGAUCCCGGCGAGCUGUGUGAUUAGUUAUAUUGAUCACAGACGUAUCAAGGAGAGUGAGAAAAAGUGGCGUUGGAAGCACACAGACGAGUUGAUCCACCCGGACGAGCACAGACAAGUAAUUUACGUGGGUGGUCAACGGUCUAGAGUACAACACAUGAUGCAUCAGUCAUAAAUCCUAAAACCAAAUCAUUUGCAUUGCAUUAUGCACUUCAGUCAUCUAGUCAUUGUGUUAUGUCAUGCAGAAUAUCAUAGAAAAUGUUACAAACUAAAACAACCAUUAGGGUUGCGAAAAUGGUGACAUUUAAAAGUAUUCCAGUAAUGGUAGCUAUAAAAUUGCAAUAUUUUAUAAGAAAAUACAGAAAAAAUCCACUUUUUUUAACUGUAUAGUUAUUUGUUGCACUUUAUUUGAUAAGGAAUAUUUUUUUU